AUGCACUCGUCGUCGUCUCGAAAGGCUUUGGAGCAAUGCGAUGAUUUCUCGACCGCAGGAGGAGGAGGAGGAAGCUCGGGAAAAGAGUCAAAAAAUACGACCAAGAAGACAAAGAAGAAGACAAAGAAGAAGACCAAACAGCAUCACGAGCACGCGCGAGGAAAAAGAAUCUACCGCUUCUCCACGCUCGUUCCGAACACCAUCCCGCACAUGGUGAUGAAAUCGAGGAAAGAUUGGCGCGAGAUUCCGCUUUUUAUGCAGCCGGAAAAAACGACUUUAUUGAACACGAUGGAGGAGGAGGAGGAAGAGGAGGAGGAUCGUUGCGAGAGGACCGGAAGAGGCGCCGAGUCGGUGGUUACGACGACUUUGACGCCGAAAAUUGAUUUCUUUUACGCCGACGUUGGAUGGAUACAUCAGAAUAUAUCGUACUCGCGAGGUGGGGGGACGAGCGCGUUUACGGUGUGGCCAGCUGGAGGAUUCGGAUCGUCGACGCUCGCCGGAAAAUUGAGCGCGCGAAAAGUGAACCACUUUGCGAACCACUCGGAGCUCACGCGAAAGGAUUUGUUGGCGAAGAAUUUACAGAGAGCCAGUCGAAGAGCAAAGAAAAACGGAGACUCUCGAGAGGCGGAAGCGUUUGAGAGGGUGAGUCCGAAAACGUACGCGUUGCCGGGAGAUUUGGCGUUGUUUACGAGAGAGUUUGAUGGGGCGACGACGGCGGCGGCGGCGAUGGGGAGCGCGAGAAGAACGAUAAGUGGAACCGCUAAGGAGAAGGACGGCGGCGAUGAUAACGAUGAAAAUGGAGAUAAAAGCAACAACGUGUGGAUUAUGAAACCGAUCGGGCAAAGUCAGGGAAGAGGGAUUUUCUUCGUCUGGAAACGAGCGCAAAUACGGCGAUGGCAAAAUCGAAGGAAGAAGCUCGACGAGGAGUUGAAUGCGAAUAACAACGUGAGCGGCUUUUCUACUGCCACGGGUUCGUGUUUGCAGUAUCGGCAACAGAGCGAACAUUGUUCUCCUUCCCAUCAGAAUCAACACGUUUUCCAACAACUACAACAACCACAAAACAACAACGCGACCAUCAACAUAUGCAAAGAAAACUACGUCGCGCAAAAGUACAUUCAUAACCCACUCUUAAUAGGUGGAAGGAAAUUCGACAUGCGUCUCUACGUGCUUGUUCUGUCGUUUUCGCCUCUCGUUGCGUACGUUUACCGCGAAGGCUUUGCCCGAUUUUCCUCCAAGCGGUAUGAGAGUAAAAUCAAAAGUAACUCGACGGAGAACUAUUUCGUGCACUUGACGAACCAUAGCGUGCAAAAGAAAGGCGAUAACUACAACGCGAGCGUGUGCGAUUUGAAAUGGCCUCUUCAUAAACUUCGAAGACACAUUCGAGCGACGUUUGACGCUCGCGCGGAAGAGACGUGUUUUAAAGAGAUUGAACGCAUGAUUAAACUUUCGUGCGACGCGGUGAAAUCGUCCAUGAUUCGCGACGAGCGAUGUUUUGAGUUGUAUGGGUAUGACGUCAUGCUCGACGAACAUUUAAAACCGUGGCUGAUCGAGGUGAACGCGAGUCCUUCAAUGACUGCAGAUUCAGUUUCAGAUAAAGAGCUCAAGACGCGCGUAUUUGAAGACGUUUUGAACUGCGUAGAUUUUGAGAACAAGUUUACGACUGGUACAACGAAGGAACGAGAGGGUACGAACUGCAGCGAAAGAAGUAGUAAUAACAACAGCGAUAGAUCGACAUUCUCAAGAAAACCGACAAAUCCAUCGUCGUACACGUCGCGUCUCACGCGACUUCCUUCGCGAGUUGGAGGUUUCGACGCCAUCGUCAACGAAUCGAAAGAAAAAGAAAAAACGAGCGAGGAAAAAAAAACGCCAACAAUUGGAACCGUCAACACCGAUCGCGAGGAUAAUUUGAAAGAAAUAGGCGUGUUAUCGUCCUCGGACGACGAAGACGAAGACGAAGACGAAGGUGAAGACGAAGACAAAGAAAGUGUACAAUGA